AUAACGAGUUGCACAUGACUAAAGUCGUUUACUUAUUUAACGUCUGUAUACAAUUCUUAGUUUUACAUUUAACCAAAAUUUCACAGUGAACACUGUUAAACGACGGCAAUUAAUUCAACGGUAUUAAGCGAACAAGAUGGCCGUUUCCAAAACCAUAUCUUUUUUAGUUGCUGUGGCAGCGAUUUUCUUUGUAUCGUUAUCGGUUGUUAGCGGCGGUGAUCCUAAAGAAAUUGUUAGCGGCGGUGAUCCUAAAGAAACCCAAUUAUUCAACCCACAUACUAUUGACAACUAUAUUGGCGGCAACAAUGUAAAUUCAAGUGCUAAGACUACUGUACAAGUGGAUUGUGCCGAUCCUGCAGAGCCGUCAACCCAAUGGGGUCCAAUAAUAAUUGAUAAUUAUGUAGACGAAAAACAAAAGAGUUUGAGUGCUAAGAAUGUUGUAAAAGUCGAUAAGUCUGAUGAUCGCGGAAAAGAAAAGAUCGAUGGUUUUGUAAUGGUUCGUCCAUAAAGAUUUGAAACGCAAAAGGAACUCAUCCGCAUAACGAAAAUAAUAUUAAAACACACAAUUUUAAACAUUGAUUUAUUAGCUUAAAUUAGUUAAGCAAAAUAGUCUAUUAUGUUCAUAAAUGUAGAAAAUCUUAUUUUCAAAAAUAA